AUGGCAGGUUCAUCUAGUGAAAUAAGUGAAUCGCUAAAUGCAUGGAUGAAUGGAAACUCUUCAAUAGCUUCUUAUGUUCUUAUCAAUUCAGAUGGUAUCCCACUUAAAUACAAUGAAGAUGUGACCUACAAACAAGCAGUCAAACAAGCCUCCCUAUUCUCAGAUUUGCUAACAAAAACAAAAAGGUGCGUUAAGGAGUUGCUUCCUCAAGAGAAUGAUUUGAACAGCAGUUUACGAAUUAGAACAAAAAAAGACACUGAAUAUAUUUUAUGCAGCUAUGGUGAUUAUUCCCUAAUUACUCAGCAAAUUUGCAAAGAGAUGCAUAGCAGUAAAAAUAAAUGA